GAACUGCGCAGUGCGCGGCUGCCGGAGCCGCUCGGCGCGAGACAAGCACGUCUCGUUCUUCCGCAUCCCGUGCGUCAUCCACCACCAUGACGACAAGACGCGGCAGCUGUCCGCGCAGCGCCGCGCCGCCUGGCUCCGUCGCCUGCGACGCGGCGGCGGCGGUGACGACGCGCCGAGCGAUGGACCUGGAGCAGGAGGGGGAGCGCGCGUGUGCGGCGCGCACUUCAUGCACGGCACGUGACUCGCGCACGUCACCGGUUGCCCGGGAAGACCACGUGACUCGCGGACGUCACGGGCAGCCCAGGAAGACCACGUGGCACGCGCACAAGCCAUGCGUGCUUUACCUCGGGUGUCGUCGAGUUGUUGAUUCCCCGCGGCUGGUCUAGCCUCGGUAGGAAUGUUGCGCCUGCGUUCCUACGGAAGGCAAUUCUCAGCGUUGACGAACUAUUUGGCAUCUUCUUUCCCGCAGGCCUGCGAAGAGCCAAGAGUUUCGGUUGCGAGUGGUUGAACCAUUUGAUUGCUUCGUUUUCCAGAGAGGUUCAGAUGAAUAGACCUUCUCCCAGCCCGUCAUCUAGUAAUGUGGACAGCAACACAAAUGUAUUUCCAGCUGCUGAAAGCGUUUUCGACAAAUAACGAUUGCGCGUUUCCUCCCUCGUGUCUAGGCAAGCCGUCGGCGCUGUUCGAAGUGGCGCAUCCGGACUGGGCCCCGUCCCUCGCGCUGGGGAGUGAAAAGCGCGCCGGUGACCCGGAGCGCGGCCGCGCGCGGCAUGCGGCCUCCGCUCGGCAAGCGAACGACGGUGCCGGCGCCGGCGCGGGUCGCGGCCAGCGCGAACCGAGCGGUGAAGCCGAUAUGAAUUUUGCGGCUUACAGCCGGCAUACAGUCCUGCAAAGUCAAGUGGACAGAACACGACCCAGGAGUCGGACGAUUGUGAAAAUUGAAACCUCUUGCCCUGGUGCGACUGCAGCUUCCGAAGACCAAUUCAGCGGACUGCAAGGGGGUGUGGUUAACUGUGACACGUGGACACUGGCGGUUGUGAAAAACGAAAGAGGUUGUGCAGAGGAGGAGCUGCAGUCCGGCGUUGAGGCUGGCAUUGAGCGGCUCGGUGGCACAAAGCCUGCGUGGGCCGAGGUGGAGGUGGAGCUGGAGGAGACGAGCGACGGAGGGAAGCCAGCGGUGCCGACUCCGGUCCCACACGUCCCUCGCAAGAAUCUGCGAGGGACGCGUCGGAAGAAGCGCUUCACGGCCGCUGAGCUGCGUCUCCUGGCCGGGCUGGAGGUGACCGGGCACCGCGAGGUCCUCGCCGGGCUGGGCGUGCCCCUGGCCUUGCGUCCGGGGCGAGGGGCAGCCCGGGAAGAAGCCGCCCGCCCGCCGAGAGCACGCCCGCGGACCGAGAAAUCGCGCGGGAAACCUCCGGCUUGCCCGCUCCGCGUCAGGGCGACGAGCCGCGGGGCGUCGGGCGACGAGCCGCGGACGACCGUCGGGCACGCCGCGGCACGGCGCCAGCGGCAGGGGCUGACGUCCGCCGAGCGCCUCGCGCUGGCCUCCUACAGGCUGGAGCGGAUGGAGGGCGGCGCGUGCGGCCCCGACGCCGGCUCCUCCGACGAAUCCGCCGCUGCCGAGCUUGAUCCCGGCCGGCCGCGCACACCGACGGAGCCGCCCCAUUCCGCGGCGUCGGCGUUUCCCAGCGGCGGCGGCGGCGGCGGCGGCGGCAACAGCCGCCCCGCGGACCGCGAGCGACGGGAGUCUGGGGGACGUGCGCUGGAGCCCACGCUACCGACUCGCCCCACCGCGGGGAGGGCUCCGAGAAUCCCCCGCGGCACCGCCGUGGCUCGACGCCGUGGGACGCGCGCCGGGUGGGAGGACUCGACGGUGGCGCUGCUGCGGGCCAACGGAGACGCGGCGAGGAGGCAGCUGAGGCUGGUGGAGCGCCGCGCCGCCCAGAACGCCCGCUGGCUGCGCGCGGAGAACGCCCGUCGCGACGCGGAGGUGGAGCUCCAGCGGGAGCAGUUGAGGAUGCUCGGCAGCAUCGACCGUCGGCUGAAGAGCCUUCCCUCCCUCCUGGCGCCGUUGUUGCGGCGAUGGAAGAAGGGUGGUGGAGAGUUUCGAGCGUGAGGUUUCGGCCUCAAAGUGUGGACGUGGGUCACCGAAAUGACGGAAGGAAACUGGUGGUUAUCGAAUGAACUCGCAGAAAUGCAAGUGAACAGAAGAAAAACUGAACUAUUGUUUCGCUCGAGGAGUUGAAAAGAUCGUACGACUUGAACCCAACGUUAAAUCAACGCUACGUAUUAACCCUUUCCCAUCGGAAGGAAAAGGCCAUGCGGGAGAGCAUGGCGCAGUUCGGCGCCAGCUAUCGUAGAGUAGCCGUCGCGUCGCUGCGGUUCUCUGCGGCGAGCAGUGUACAAUGUCUUUGCAAGAACGCCGCUACGCCCCUCUUGGUAAAAUUUACCCCAACCGCUUGCGCGUUCCCAGAUUCAGCGGUGAUAGGGACACCCACCCUGCAACUUGCAGAUGUCUCGGAGCGUGGAAAUUGCCUCUGGCAGGUAAACCUCCAGAUUGAUCGAGAUCACACCCAGGGUGAUCACGGCACAAAUGACAAACAUUGUACGAUACGGGUGAAGGCCUCCCACACACACUGUGUCGAUCAUGUGGGUUGCUUGGCCAUACUUCACCACGCCGGUCAGUGCGGUUUGGUGAAUGCGCGCUGCCACGGCUGAUGUUAGCCAUGGCGGGCAAUCGAACUCGUGUUGCCCGGGUUUCAGAGCGCAGUGCGCUAACCCACCAUGCCACCUCUCCACCACCACCUCUACUGUAGCAUCACUCGCGAUCAGUACUUUAACAGUGGUGGCUCCAGAUACAAACAAGCCAAGUGAAAAAAAUAUCAACUCGAAUUCAAAUCCCGAUUAAUGUAACGUGCUAAUCAACAUCAAGCCAAUUACGAUCUCGUCUCUAUCUAGUCUGCAUCUCUCUGUCAUCUCGCCACGUCCCUAUGGUACGUCUACAUUUUUCUCAUGUUACAUCUUGAACUAUCGUCUCUGUCUUUUAUUUCAUUUCACUCAAGAGUUUACACGUUGAAACGGGGGCCCUAAAGUUAUUUUCUAACCCUCGGACCGCCAAAUAGGCCGUCACUACCCCCCAAAGUAAAGAGUUAUUACCUAUUGGUUCUUUCGGUAAAGUCACUUAGAAAGAAAAUAAAUUAAAUAAUAGCAUACGACGUUUCGAUUGCAACACAAGCAACUCAUCAUCAUCAUCAGGUACAAAUGAAAGAGAAAACAAACCUAAUCAACUUAGAAAUAUAAUGCAAUACAACACACAGAGUCGGCUUACACAACAGUAAACACCCCGCCUGGUUGAUUAACGUUCUUCCAAAGAUUGCUAAAUUUGAGAGAGAGACAAAACACAGACACGGAGACACACAGACACACAAGCAGAGAGUGAGGCAACACAGAGUCACAGAGAGAGACACACACACAUAGGCACACAGAGAAACAACGCCUCUGUGUCGAGGCCUUAGAGAGAGAGAGAGGGGGGAGGUGUAGAGAAAUUAGCAUGUCAAUGAGAGACUUAGAGCUUUCGUAAUUCCUGAAGUCACGAAAGCUCUAAAUCAAGUUUAAAGAGUUAUUAUAGAGUUGUCUGUUAUUUGCGCUGUCAGGAAUGACGGUGUCCCGUGAUAUUUCUGUUGGCAUCCAAUCGGAGCGUCGUUAAUUCAUGAAUUAAAUAUAUUUUUCACAGUA